CCCUUUAAAUGAAUGAAUCAUUUUAACCUUUUGAAAAAUCCCACAUUCUUGUGUAGGUGAACAAUGCAGGAAUAAGUGGUGUUAAUCCCUAUGAAAGGGAAGGAUCAACAAUUAACUGGAAAGAACUGACUCAAACUUAUGAGAUGGCAGAAAAGUGUCUAACAACAAACUAUUAUGGUGCAAAGGAAACAACUGAAGCAUUUCUUCCCCUUCUGCAAUUAUCCAACUCACCAAGUAUUGUUAAUGUUUCCUCCCAAGCAGGGUCAUUAAAGAGGAUAGCAAACAAAUUGGCUAAAGGGGUGUUUGAUGAUGCUGAGAAUCUUACAGAAGAGAGAAUAGAUAAGGUAGUGAAAGAGUUCAUGAAGGACUUCAAAGAAGGUUCACUUGAAAACAAAGGGUGGCCAACCUACUUGUCUGCCUACAUGGUCUCAAAAGCAGCCAUGAAUUGUUACACAAGGAUUGUUGCCAAGAAGCAUCCAAACUUUUGCAUUAAUUGUGUGUGUCCUGGUUUUGUCAAAACAGACAUAAAUGGAAACACUGGCAUCUUAUCUAUUGACCAAGGUGCUGCUAGUGUUGUCAGAUUAGCACUUCUGCCUAAUGGUUCCCCUUCUGGCUUCUUUUAUAGUAGGCAAGAAUUGUCAAACUUUUGAAUGUGCAAUCAUGCAGAUUCAAAAAUAACACUAGAGAAUGUGCCUUUUGAUGUUAUUUUUUCACCCUUUUAUGUUUGUGUCAUUCUUAGGAAUUAGGAGAGAACGAAGAGAAAAUUACUCCCUCCGUUUUUUUUUCAUAGUCGUUUUGUCAGGGUUUGUUGUUUUUUUUUUCAUUGUCAUAUUACUAAAAUCAAUGAGUUAUUAAUUUUUU